CUAAUGGCUGCCUAUAUAGGUCUUUUAACUGAUUGACUUACAUGGAAGAUAAGAUAAGAAAGUGUGCACCGUCUCCUCAGUAUUACUGUCGGAUUGAGUUUAAUAAAACUUCUUUGAAAGAUGUCCUAGAUAAGUAUUUUAGAUUUAUGAAGGGGAUUCAAUAACAAAAUAUAUUGAUUUUAAUACGUUUGUAAUUGUCAUAAUGGUUGUUGCGAAUAAAUCUGCAGUAAGGCCAUAUUAUUUCUCAUUGCCAUAACACAGCAUGUACAAUUCGAAAAAAAUAUGUACACUGAAACUCUUGGGAAAUAAUGGAGCAUACUGAAAGGUACAAGUGAGGAAGAAUGAGUUAGCACAAUGUAGGCCCCUGGCGCAUGACUGAGCGGGAAGUAUAUAAGACGAGGAGCCACUCUGGAGCUUCACACUUGGACCAGUCCCUCGCCACUAUGGUUCAUUUCAAGACACUUGUCGUUCUCAUCUCCUUAGGUGAGUUAAUCACCAUUAAAAGAUCCACAUGUAAAUUAAUCAUUUGUUUAGUUAAAUCAAUCAGCAUCAUAUAUAAAUCCAAUUAGAUUUCAUAACUAAGAUUAACAUGGUGUUCUCUUUGUCAACAGGAGUGGCUAUAGGAGAGGAAGGUCAACAGGAACUUGCUCGCGUAUUUGGAGCGGGAUCCUGGCCAGCGCCGCCGUCCAAGAUGGAACACCCAGCUGCUGAAACUGGUGUGGCAACUGCUGAGGAAGUCUCGAGGGAAAAACGUGGGUUCGCUGGCGGCUAUGGCGGCGGCUACGGAGGCGGCGGUGGCGGUGGAGCUUACGGUAAUGGUGGCAGCUACCUGGUGGUGGGCGGCUACGGUCAUGGGGGUCACGGCCCUUCUGCCGCAGACAUCGCUAACCAAGCUGCCUCUCAGGCCACCGCUGCUUUUGCUAGUCUAGGAGGUGCAGCUCAUUCUGCAGCUGCCGGAGCCGCUGCAGGUGCCGCAGCUGCUGCUGCCGCUGCUUCACAGACAGCUCAAGCUGCCGCAGCCAACAGACAUGCACAGGCCGCACAGAUCACCCAGGCUGCACAAGGAGCUCAGGCGGCGGCCUUCCAGGAGGCAUCACUGGCUGGUAAGGCCCACAAGGCUGAGCAAGCGGCUAAGGUGGCUCAUUCCAUGGCUCGUGCUCUGGUCAGUAAUUUGGGUCAGGUUUCUGGCGAGACCAACGCCCUGGCAGGUCAGGCUACUGGCAGUCUUGCUGCCCAGGAAAGCGUCCUCAACUCUCAGAACUCCAUGGCGUGGCAGGCGCAACAGGCAGCCAACUCUCUGCGCACACAGCAGAAUGUGGUCAUCAACGAUUUGCACUCGGCCGCAGGAGCCGCCUCUCAGGCACAGAUCGCAGCAUCCAAAGCUCUCGCCAAGGCAAAAGGGGCUAACAACGGAGGGUUUGGGGGUUACGGAGCAGGACAUGGGUUCGGAUACGGAGGAGGCUACCACUAAAGACAGAGAAGAAAUCUCGCCCUCCAGUGAAUCCGAUAAACUGUUGGAUGCAGAUUUGGUGGAAGGCGUUAGUAGGAGCAGCAGCAUGAAGAAUGUCAGUAGUAGGGCUUGCAGGGUGUUGUCGUACCAGAUACUUCUGUACGCCGCUGCAGUAUUACAAUUAUUGUACAUACCCUCCUAGUAAUAAAAUAUGGAGGCUUUAAUAAUAAACACACAUAU